AUGACAAUAUGUAUGGCAGCUUCUCCUACCUGCUGCACUGAUCGGGAAAGCAGUUACGCAUAUGAUGCACAUCAUAAUACAUGUUAUAAGAAAACAGCACACCUGCCAGCACUUAUACAGCUGCCUUCUACUUUUACCAACAGUAUGAUCAUGAGAAAAAAUAAUAACACAUCAUCAAUGCUGGAAUCACAUCCACUGCUGUACAUUUUAAAUGACCAGACUUCCAAACUAAAAAUUAAAACUGUUCUUGUUCCUCAAGAAAAUAGAAAAAAAAGAACAGGCCUAGAUAAAUUCUAUUCUUAA